AUGUUGUCUGUCACCUCCUCCGCGUCCACCAACUCCAACCCGUUCGCCGACGCCAACCCCUCCGACGUCAACGACAUCCGCAACCUCAACAUCUUCGAGCGGGUGCCGGUUCAUCUCUCGCAAACGGACUCCUCCUACUACACGUGGAAGACAUAUUUUUCCCUCGUGUUCUGGGAGUAUCACCUCAUCGACCACGUGGACAGCACCGUCGACUCCAGCCUCGUCCCUGAGUUCCAUGACUGGUCCACCAUCGACACCACGAUCAUCCGCUGGUUCUUCCUCACCAUCUCGCCGGACCUCUUCCAGACGGUCGUGGCAGACGGUGACGAUGUCUGCGCCGUGUGGACCAAGCUGAACGGGCUCUUCACCGGCAACCAGCUCCAGCGUCGCAUUUUUUUGCAGCAAGAGUUUUUUGGGUGUCACCAGGACAACACCUCCAUCGACGACUAUUAUCGCCGCCUAAAGACUCUCGCUGACAAGUUCCGCAAUAUUGGCGCGAAGAUCAAUGAUGACCUCCUCCUUAGCACGCUCACCACCGGGCUCAACGAGGACUUCGGCAACGCCGCGGCGAACCUCAGCCUCAUCCCCAACCCGUCCUUCGCCAAGUUCGUUGCGUACCUCCGCUUGGAGGAGCGGCGGAUGAAGCAGGUGAAGGCGCGGGCCAUCCACACCGUCCUCGCCACUGGCACCACCCGCGGUGGGCCCUCGGCGCCUCCAGCCGCGCCCCCGCCGCCGCGCCACCCGGCAUCCUUCCCGGCGUCGCCGCCGUACCCGGCGCCCCAGCAGCCGGGGCUGCUGCGGCUGCCCUAUGGUCCGCCCGCCCCUCCCGCCGAACGGCGCCGCGGGGGCCGGUGGGGCGCGCCGCGGCGGUCAGCAGCAGCAAUAGCCGCAGGGCGCCGGCUAGCCCCGUCAGUAGCAGCAGCAGGCGCAGCAGUUCCAAAUGCCCCCUUCGUGGGCCUCCGGCUACAACCCGUGGAUCGGUGUUGUUCAUGCCUACACCUUGCUGGUUCCACGGGCUCCUACACCGACCCUUCCCGUGUCGCGCCCGCCGGCGCAUCAAGCCUGAGCGGCGCCUAUGGUCUCCCUGCGGCCCUGCCGCCGCCCUCGCCGGCCCUGCCGCCGGCGCCUUGGGAUCCGGCGCUCCUCGCCGCGCUGCACACCGCGCCUACUCCGAACAACUACACUAGCGGCGGUGAUUGGUACAUGGACAUCGGGGCUACGGCUCACAUGUUUGCUCAUCCUGGUAAUCUUGCCUCCUUCAUUCCCGUCACCACCGACCGCCGCAUCAUUGUCGGCGACGGUUCCACACUCCCUAUUACACAUGUCGGGCACACUUCUUUUCCUUCUAAUUCCAUGCCUACUACUUUGUCUAACAUACUUGUGUCACCUCAUCUCAUUAAGAACCUUGUUUCUGUUCGUUGUUUAACUCGUGAAAAUCCUGUUACUGUUGAAUUUGAUGAGCUUGGUUUUUGUGUCAAGGACGCUCGAACCAGGAUGGUACUUCACCGAUGUGACAGCCUCGACGAGCUCUAUCUGGUGCAUCCGUCGUCCAUCUCCACCACUACACCGGUUGCUCUCUCCGCCGGCGUGGAUCUCUGGUACCCCCGGCUGUUCCUCCCGCCACCGGUGAUGCAGGCUUGA